AUGAAGUUCUCUAUUGCCAUCACAACACUUGCUUCAGCCAUGAGCAUAUCUGCUUCUCCUCUACCGUUUCUACACAAGAGAGAGCUUGGAGGUGUCUUGCUGUGCACAGGUGCCAACUCAACAGGCACUUGCUCCUAUGAGGUGUAUGAGCUUGACAAAUGUCAUCAACUCAAAGAACCUUUCUAUCACAACACAACCACGUUUUCCCCAGACGGCGAAGAGUUCUACUGCUACCCACGUACGACCAACUGCACCGACAGCUGCAGGAGUCCUACGGGAUGUACAUUUGGCUCAGUGGAUUACGACUAUGAGAACAAAAACAAUUUGACUGCUAUCGGAUGGAGCGAUAUCAUCAGCAGCUUCGACUGUACGCGCAGAUAG